AUGGAAGGAGCAGGAACACUGAAUCUACUGUCUCCAGGAGAUCAUAGCGGUCAUAGUCACCUUCAUAAUGGGAACAGCAAUCACAAUCAAAGUAACGGCAACAACCAUCACAACCAAGGAAAUGGGUUUCGAGGUGUUCUUCCAGGUGUCGUGCUGGGCGGAAUGAUGGGAUAUCUGUUUGGAAGAUCUCGAAAUCAGACACACGUCCCGAUUACUAUACCCGAUGAUAGACAGCCAUUUGCAAAUGGUCCAACGCAAAGAUCAUAUCGUACAACAAUACCCAGAGUGCCUGACACGCCUCCAGAACCGCCUCUACCUCCAUCUUAUUCACAUCCUCGACACCACGUUCAAGUUAGUGGCAUUCCUCCAGUACCGUCAAAUCCAGGAAGGAGGUGGACAUGCUCCUUUUGCUUGAUGAUCUUGUUUGGGUUCAUCAUCACAAUCAUCAUAACUGCCUCAACCGUACACCCAUCUGAAAUGACCAAACAACUGAUUAUGGGCGAACGAUACCUCGAAGACGUAGACGGUCGUUGGCUAGACAGCCUAACAAUCGCUGGUGCUUCAGACGUAGAAGGAUAUAUAUUUACAACCAAACCACGUGUCGGAGAGAUUAUAACCCUCCCGCCGAAACGUAUACAGGUGGCUCUGAAUGCCGGACAGUAUCACUAUAUGGUAUACAAUCUUUUAGGAGGAUCGACGUUAGGAGUAUCGUGGAGUUUCACUACGCUUGGACUGCCAUGUCGCUUGCUGAUUAUUCGAUCUACUGAAGCCUUUGAACAGUGGAGGACGACUGGUGGGUUGCGAUCUGACAUGAAGAUUCAUGAUCAGGUUGCUAAUGUAGGAGAGUAUACGUUGAUUACGGAAGGGCAUGAUAAUCCAGAGUAUUAUAUAAUAUUCCUACAGACCAACUUCCAAGCUAGAACGUCAGGAACCGCAGACUUUUAUAUUACAUCAAAUACCUAUGCCCUCACAGAUCCAAAACCUGAUCACUCGUGUAUGGUUGGAGCGGGUGAUUGUGAGUUUGCCUUCAAGGCACUGCAAGAACCAUACUAUCUACUCCUCGUAGCACCACCAAUAGGAGACUCAUAUACCGUAAAUGUGAAUUACGCUCAACGUAAAGGUGCAGUCGUAGCCGUAUUUGUGUCGCUAGGAACAGCCUGUGCCGUAUGUAUCUUAAUCAUAACUGUAUCGUGGUGUGGAGUACAGCUCUUGUACUUGCUCGGAAUGAGCGUUGUAGAAGGCAUGUACCGACUAUGGCUAAACAUGACAUCGUGUUGUCGAUCUGUCGGUCGUCGAUUGUCAGGAUAUUCAUCACCUGCUCCUGCAUAUGAUGAAGAAGACCCAGAAGCUGGAUUAGGAGGAAGUGAUGCUGAACGACAACCGCUGCUACCAUCUGCCCCAUCAUCUAUAGGAGAGUUACCACAACAGACUGUGGUCAACGGACAACCGAUAUUGCCUUUUAAUCCAUCGUUUUAUGAUCUUCCACGGCCUGACGCACCGCCUCCUGCUUAUACUCCUAUAGACCAAUUCGGAGACCCCAAUGGUGCUCCUCGUGGUGGUCCUAGGGGUGGUCCGAGGCCAUAA